UGGCCGAAGUAGGGCGGAUCUGGAGUCAUGGGCUGCGGGGCUGGUAGCCUUGGCUGCUCUCAGGGCUCGCUGCUUUCGCGCGCCCCUUCAGGAAGUUCUUGGCCCGCUUCGACUGGGGCAGCGCUGCAGCUGGGCCCGGACUCGAUGGCCGCUGAGGGGGGCCCGCUGAGCCCGCCGCGCCAGACUUACGGGCCUUCGCCACGUUCUCCUGGAGCCCGUGGAGCUUCUUGUGCUUGCUCACGGCGUCGGCCAGCUCCGCCGACUGAGUGGGCCCCGCGCCGAAGUCGUCGCGCAGCCCCAGAUGCUGGGCCACCUGCCAGGGCCCGCCCCCUGCCAGGGCCCGCCCUCCGUCGCUUGCUCGAUUGCCUUCAGACGCUGCACGAGGUCUCCGAGGUGAUCGAUUUCGCCUCGGAGCAGCGCGUUCAAGCUUUCGCCUAUCGCGCGGAACUCUCGUACGCUCCUCACUCCCAUCUCGCUGUGAGGGUGGCGGCCGUGGAAGACGCUGGUGAUGUACUGCGCGACUUGGGGACGCAGGCCCUGCGGACUCUCUUAAUUGGCCGCCCCAUCCACGCCGCGCCAGACAUCGACUGAUGGCCUCCAUCCCGAUUGCCAGCAGUGCACCUGGCUGAUCGCGGGCGAGGGUCUCGAGCUGGCGUCCUACAUCAACGUGUGAGGCGUCGUCAAAACUCGUGUCGCUGUCGUCAUCAUUAUCAUUAUUAUUAUUAUUGCGAGCCCGCUUGCCAGCCAGCGCCGCCUCCGCGCGAGAGGCGAUGGACUCCCCGGCGUUUCAAACGCAUGCGCAGCUCGGUGAUCUUAUCUUCUGGCCCGGCGGGCGUCGGAACAUCUCCGUCAUCUGUAGCUGGUGCGGCAGCAAUCCCUAGCACAGCUGGGGUUCGAGGCAGCACGCCGUCUCCGCCAGCCGCGGGCGGGCCUGCGGCCUGAAGCCACGGCUCCACCAAACCCCGCGUGUCACGCAUGCGGUGCGUCUCGAGGUGGAGCGUCGACCGCUGUGGCCAAAGAACCACGGCGGCAAACUGCGCAGCAGGCUGGGUGCAGAGGCGCAGCACCGCCCCGCCCACCGCGCCGAAGCUGCCCGCCAGCUUGGGCGCGAGCUGGGCCACACUCGUCCCCAAGAAAAACGCUUCCACGAAGCAGCAUUUGGCGCCGCCUGGCCAAGCGCUUUGCACCUGGAACACGGCCGCCCCCACGGCGCCACCAGUCACGUCCAGCAGCACGCCCUCGACGCAACUCCCAGGGCUGAGGCCGAUCCGCUGAAAGCAUGCGGGGCUGAUGGCCCGUCGACUCAGGGCCCAGCGCCUCCCGCGGGCGCCGCCAGGCCGUGCAUCACGCCGCCGUGCCAGCCCGCGCCGCCUCAAGCCUGCCCCUAGCCUCCUGGGCCGAAGCCAGCCGCGCGGCCGAGGGCGGCGAAGGCACCUCCUCCAGGACACAGCGCUAGACCGCCGUGGGCGCCCUGGAACCCGCCUGCGACUCCGCCAGCAACUCCACCAGCCAUGGGAGGCGGCACCAGGCCUCCGCAUCCUGGGUAGCCUCCAGCCGUGGGCCCAGGGAAACCGCCAGCCGGCAGCUCCGCCUCCGCCGCCGAGGGGGCCGCCGCAGGCGCCUCCGAAGACGACGCCCAUGGCGGGCGUGACCCCCGCUGCCAAAGGCGGCGCGGCCGCGGGCCCUGGCAGGGGGGGAGCUCCUCCAGCAGCUCCGCCAGGAGGAAGGGCCAGAGGGGGCGGACCGCCCGCACCGUGACCACCAGCUCCUCGAACCCCGCGGCCACGGCCUCCUCCGGCCUUCGCUGGAGCCUUGGCCUUGGCCUUCCCCUUCGCCUUCGGGGGGCCCCCCGCCGCCUUGCCAGCCUUGGCGGGCGGGGCUCCAGCACCUCGGCCUCGUCCAGCUCCACCUGCGAGGGCCGCUCCUCCUGCUGCCACGACGGCAGCCUCGCCCUUUGGCAGCGCGCCCAGGGGCCUGCACCACCGCCGCGCCGUCGGCCCGCCAUCCCAGCCCGCGGGCCGUGCGGAGUGGCGCCCGCUCCCUCGCCAGGACGGGGGCGUAGCGGCAAGAGGGGGCGCUGCGGCGGGCGCCCUCGCGGGCGCAGUUCGAGGACCCGAGGGUGCCCCACGCCCU